AUGAUUGAGAAGCUCAGGGUGGAUUGUGAGAAGUUGUUGUCUCGCCAGCAGCUGGCCUGUGACCACUGUUAUUUCAGCAUUCCACUGCACGGAAAGGACAUCGCGGUGUACAGCACCACGGACCUACUGCAGCAGCCUCUGCUGCUCACUGGCCAUCAUGGGGAGGUCAGCGCCAUGACUUUUGGACAGAGAAACGCUCCAGUUCUUCUGUGCUCUGCCUCUGAUGAUUAUAUUAUUGUCUGGGAUAUUGAACUGUGCAAAAAGAGAACAGAGGAAGGCCGGGUUGCAGCAGGAACAGUGAUUGGGACAUUACUUGGAGAAGUUGUUCACCUUUCAUUCUGUUUCUCUGAUGAGCGAGUGGCUGCUUGCUCCAAAGAAACUACCUACAUUCUCAAUUCUACGAGGCAGGAAGUGAUCUGUACUUUGGUUAGCCACCAUGGACCUGUAACAUCAGCAGAAUUUUGUCCUUGGAAUAAAAAUCUUCUUGUUACCACUUCAGAGGACCGCACAUUUAAGGUUUGGGAUUUACAGACUGAAGCUCUUUUCUACCAGUCAUUUGUGCUCUCAGCAUCUCCACUGCUCACUGCAUUUUUCUCUGAGGAGAAUAAGCACCUCAUCGUUGGCUCAAAUGAUGGACAGGUGUGGUGCUUUUCUUUUAAUGAGGACCACAAGUGUCACCUGGUGACCAGAAUGGACCUCCAGAAGAUGGAAAAGAGGCAUAAAGUGUCCCAGGAGGCUGUGAACCAUCACCAAACAGAUGUUGCUGAACACUCAGAAAAGGUGGAAACUUCCAAACCGGUCCUCAGAAUUGCUUCUUGCAGACGAUUUACAGACAUCAAUGCAGACCAACCAAAGGCUGACAGCUGGUUUUGCAUUGGGAGCUCUGAUGGCUUGUAUGUGGUGGAUCUGGCUACCUCUGAACUCCAAGCAGCACUCUAUUUCAAAGAUCAUCCUGACCUGAGCUUAUGUAUGGCAGGUUCAUGGUCCGUCUCUUCUGAGUACAGCAACAAAAUGGUGUUUGUAGUGAGCUCUUUGUUUACUCCCUGCGUGGUCCUGCUGGAGCUCUGUCUGAGUGAUCUCUUGAGGGUAUCAGCUUGUGCUGAAGGCUUUUCAGUGUUUCCAAGUUCCCCUCCACUGUUCCAAUCUCCUCUGAACGAUGAGUUAAGGAGGAAGGAACCCAACCCUCCUAAACAGAAAGGAAAUAUGAAGGAUAAGCCUCUGGUUUUUCAUUCAAAAGUGAAGUCUUCUGGUUACACUCAUGCCCCAAGAAAAAUGAUGUUCACUCCCAAAAUAAAUGUUCCAAAGGUUUCCUCUAAACAGAGCAACAAAAAUACAGGUUUACACCUUCAAGAUUACCCAGUGGACAGUGCAGCGCCAACUGUCCCAUGUACUGAGCAAAGCAUUGCCAACAAACAGGUCUCAUGUCUUCAGUUUUCAGGUGAUGGAAAACAAAUCCUGUGCGGUCUUGGCGACAGUUCAGUCUUAUUGUACAGGUCCGGCCUCACUGGCAAUCCCUCUGUCUACGCAGGACACGACAGACCAGUGAGCUGUGUGAGCUGGAGCCUCAGCAGACAGUGGUGGUUGAGCGCCUCAGACGACCUGUCACUGCGAGUCUGGGCCCACUGCCGUUCAGAACCUGCCAUUACCAUGGGCAGAAAGAUGUUCCCCAAGCCCAUCAGAGGGGCCCAGUUUUAUUACCUCGACAAGUUUUUACUUUUGGCAUCUGGACCUUCUCUGCAGCUUUACCUUUAUCAUGUGGACACCUCAAAAGAUGACAUAAAAAGAUAUAAGCAGCAGAGCGUCAUCAAACGGACAAGUUGCUUCACCACAACAUCUGCAACAGACAUCACUGCCAUGUCUUCCGUCAAUGAUUUCUUGUCGUACAUGGUCCUGGUGGGUGGAUUUGAUCGGUCCAUGCAAGUGUUUGACAUGAACAGAGGUGCGGUUGUGUGGGAGGUGCCUGAUGCCCACAGCAGAGCCAUCCACUGCAUCGUACAGAAUAAGGGAUCCGCGUUCAGCACACAGCCUUCGGAGUCGUACAACCUCUUUCUCACGAGUGCAGUCACAGAUGGCGUGAAGAUCUGGGACCUUCGUACACCGAGGUGUGUGCGUCGCUAUGACAACCAUGUAAAUCGCUGUCAUCCCUGUUCUUCUGCCAUCUCACCAUGUGGCCGGUUCAUCGCUUCAGGUUCUGAGGACAACUGCGCAUAUGUGUAUGACAUCCGUAGCAGUACCUACCUGCAUAAGCUUCAGAAACACUCAGACACUGUGCUCAGUGUGGCGUUCAACCCUGCUACACCAGAGCUGCUAACGGGGACUCUGGAUGGGAAGCUGAGACUGUUUCGUCCCAGCAGCAGGUCUCCGUUGGAGUCAUGA